UCUCGUACAAGAUAUAUUGUUUUCUCAUAUAUCAGUGUUUUUGUGAAAGCCUGAAAACUAAAGAAUAAAACAAAACCAAAGGAAAUUAAGAUCACACUUCCCACUAAAUUUGAAAUAUCUGAUGUGGGAUUCUUACUCCACAAUUUAGUAAUCUCGGUCCUAGGGGCGAGGGAUGUUCUACUUUCGCUCCGCACAGAGUGGCUCAUCCUCCUUAAUAAAUUAUCUUUGAGACCCCUCUUCCGGUUUCUUGUUACCCUGGUAACAGGUGUAUUGUCACAACUUACCUUUGGAUAAUUUAUGAAAGGAAAUCUAGUCCACGUUAAUACUUCCUACAAAGGUAAAAAGUAAUGUCCGGGUAUGAGGAGCGGGCUCUGCUGGAGCUGAAUCAGAGUAGGGAGACGUGGUGUCAGGUGGAGAUGAACCCCCGGCAGGGCUGGGAGAGAUCACAGAGGAGACAUUACCGGAGUCACUUGAAGACCAGCCCGGUUCUCCUUACAGCUCUGACCGGCGGACCGCAGCGCAGAGAGGCCUGCACCCAGCGGCCUGCCCCCGUUAAGCUCCCCGAGAGAAAGCACUUCGAGGAGGGCUACAAAACUCACCUGGUCUAGAGAGCUGCAGCCUUAGAAGAUGACCUGAGCUCAUACUACAGAUACACCUGGACCCAGAUGUGGGGCAACUUUCAGUAUUUUAUUUUCAUG